UUUUUUUAACUUAUUACUUUGUAGUUGUGUUAAUAAUCAAUUGAUCAGUUACUUAGUUUUGAAUCAAUUACACUCGAAUAUCAAUUGAAAUUUACCAAUAGGCCUCAAAUAAAUACUUUACCCAAAUAACUAAACCACAAAACGUCUAACUUUAAGUGAGACACGACGAUUGGACCAGUUAUUUGUACAAUGACGCGCCGAGUCGUCGUGACGGGCAUGGGGGUCCUGGCCCCCGUCGGCCUUAACCUCACUCAGGCCUGGGCGACCAUAACUUCGGGCAAAUCGGGCAUUUCCCAGCUCGAGGGCCCCGCGUACGCCCCCUUGCCGUGCCGAAUCGCCGGCUUGAUCAAAGAAAAGGGGGCUCGAAUCGACCUAACCUCCCGUUUCAAAAAAACCGAACUCAAAUCAAUGGGGGCUGCGACCGCUUACGCCCUCCUUGCCGCCCACGAGGCCUUGACCGAUUCCGGCCUUGUGAGCCCCCCUGACAGUGUUAAGCUCCGGACAGGGGUCGCCGUCGGUAUGGGGAUGGUCGAUUUGGAGGAUAUUUGCGCAACUAGUGACGCCCUCAAGCGGGGCUACAACCAAGUGAGCCCCUUUUUCGUCCCGCGGAUUCUCCCCAACAUGUGCGCCGGGCAGAUUAGCAUCAAGUAUGGUUUCAGGGGGCCCAACCAUGCCGUUUCAACGGCGUGUGCCACGGGGGCUCACGCUAUUGGAGACUCGUUCAGGUUUAUAAGACACGGGGAUGCGGAUGUGAUGGUGUGUGGGGGCGCCGAGGCGUGCAUUUCGCCCCUUGCUAUCGCGGCGUUUUGCCGGCUGAGGGCACUAAGUACCGGGUUUAAUGACAGCCCCCAGAAGGGGUCCCGGCCGUUUGAUAAAGCGCGCGAUGGGUUUGUGAUGGGUGAAGGUAGUGCGAUUUUAAUUUUGGAAGAGUUGCAACAUGCCAAAGACAGGGGGGCUAAAAUUUAUGCGGAGAUUUUGGGGUAUGGGUUAUCGGGGGACGCUUCGCAUUUAACGGCGCCUAGGUCCGACGGGACGGGGGCUAUUUUAGCCAUGAGCCGGGCGGUGGAAGACGCCGGUGUGGAUAAGGGGGCUGUGGGGUAUAUCAAUGCCCAUGCAACUUCAACUCCAAUUGGGGAUGCCAUUGAGACAACUGCGAUUAAAACCUUGUUUAAGGAUUAUUUGGGGCCCAAUUUCGCCGUGUCGUCGACUAAGGGGGCUCAUGGCCAUUUGUUAGGGGCGGCGGGGAACCUCGAAACUGUCUUUACGGUUAAAGCGGUUGAGGAAGGGGUGCUACCGCCUACAAUUAAUCUCGAAAAUUGUGAAGAUUCAAGUUUGAACUUUGUGCCAAAUCAGAGCCAACCUUGGGCCCCCACAAGUCCAAGGGUGGCCCUUAAAAAUGCGUUUGGCUUCGGGGGCACCAACGCUUGUCUCUGUAUCUCCCAAUUUGUAAAUUAAACUUGGAUUUUUUUAAA